AUGUCCAUCCUGGGAACGUCCUUCAACAUGGAGCUGGCGGGCAGAAAUGCUGGAAGCAUGUUUGGGCCUGGGAUCUACAUGGCCGAGUCGUCUGUUAAAGCAGAUGAAUACGCCAGAGACGAUACCAGUGGGUCCUACGCAGGCCUCUUCGCGGUACUCUUCUGCCGCACCCUGGUGGGUCGUGCGCUGCAAGUAACGGAUCCAGCAGACUAUGGUCCGUUGGUCACUGCGGGCGACUUCCACUCGGUGGUGGGGGACCGCGAGAAGGCGGUGGGGACGUUUCGUGAAUUUGUCUUCUUCCAUGAAGAGUCCAUCUACCCGGAAUUUGCCGUUUUUUACCGCCGAGAGAUGUAG